CUAUGGAACGUUUUCGAUGAUUUCAUCUUUUCCCAUUAUAUAACAAAUAGUCUGUUUUACUCAUUUGAUCGUAAAUUUUUCACUUAACUAAAAGGAUCAAUUUGAAAAUGCAGGGAUUGGGAUUACAAAGUCUUAAAAAAAAUCCGGCGUUAAUUCCCCUUUAUGUUUGUGUCGGAGCUGGAGCACUUGGAGCGGUGUAUUACACAUUACGUUUAGCUACACGUAAUCCUGAUGUUACUUGGAAUCGGUCAUCUAAUCCAGAGCCGUGGCAGGAAUAUAAGGAAAAGCAAUACAAAUUUUAUUCUCCUAUAAGGGAUUAUAGUAAGAUCAAGUCGCCUGCUCCAAAAUUCGAGGAGUAGUUCCUUUAUAUGCAAAAAUAUAAAUGAUUAUGUACAGCUUUACCUAAGUUUACUCGCAAAAGCUCAUAAAUAAUAAUUCCAAUGUGUUAAAAA